CUCUGUGCCUGCGGGUACUGGGUUGACGGACUCCGCUCGCCCCAAUAACUAUGUGAACCAAUCACUCUAUCGUCGUUGCAAACCGAGCCCCAUUCAGUUGCACCCACCCCUGAAUACGAUCUCAUAUUGAGGAUUACCAGUCUUCUUAACCGAAUACAGCCGCCUGGCCUAACUGGCCUUCUGUUUAUCGUUGAUGAUGAACGCAGAGUUCAGUUUUGGAGAAACCAUGUCAGGGAAUAUCCAUCUUGCCUUCCAGAUAGCUUCAUCGGGGCUCCAGCAUUUUCCCCGCUGGGUCAAGAUAUCCCCCCCGUUGCCCCAACUUGUGCAGUGGAAUUGGGAUUCUUUCGGGCAAAGACCUAGCAGGAUUCUCGCUAUCGUGGAUCGAUUAAAUAUUCCAUACCACCCGAUCCGUGUAGUUUUCUUGAUUACGACAUGUAUUGUGCUGCCCUUUUAAUGAUUGUUGUCUCCAGACAGGUAAUCCGCUUAACCACUUCAGCCUAACAAGAUUACUUGCUCGUCCAAUAACAUGGUGAUUGAUGAUGAGGAUGAUAAUGAUUUCAUUUUAUAGUGCGUCACUGCAGGUCGGCAUACGCCGCACUUACCUGAAGUGAGAAGGUGUUUUGGGGCGAGGUGUUCGUAACAAAAGCGCGGGAGUGCGUAUCCAUAGGAUCUCGGUUAUGAGUUCGUGG